AUGCAUUCCAUCAUCCUGACACUAACAGAUCCGGAGCCUGGCAGCACAGUGGUGGCUUUUUUAUGGAAGGCGAUCUUGGGGCCUUCGAUGCACCAUUUUUCUCCAUCACGUCUCAAGGAAGCUGCUGCAAUGGACCCCCAGCAAAGAGGAAUCUUGGAGACAGCAUAUCGAGCUCUUGAAAAUGCCGGAAUUCCUAUGGAGAAGAUUCCCGGUUCCAAAACCACAGUUUAA